AUGGCUAACCGUUACGAUCCCAACCCUUUCGACGAAGGAGACGAAGUUAAUCCCUUUGCUGAUGGAGGAGCAAGGGGGAAAGCAUCUGGACAACCAAAGUUUAGUGGAGGCUCAUUUUUUACAACUACUGCUGGAAGUGUUCCACCUGUGACAAACUCAAGGCUUUCACCCCUUCCUCCAGAGCCGGCUGAUUUCUACAAUCCUACUGCCGUGGACAUUCCACUUGAUAGUGCUUCAGAUUUGAAAAAGAAAGAAAGAGAACUUCAGGCUAAGGAAGCAGAACUGAAAAGGAGGGAACAGGAAGUGAGGCGGAAAGAAGAGGCUGCUGCACGAGCUGGCAUUGUUCUUGAAGAGAAAAAUUGGCCUCCGUUUUUCCCCAUUAUACAUCAUGAUAUUGCAAAUGAAAUACCAAUUCAUCUGCAGAGGCUGCAAUAUGUUGCAUUUACAACCUUUCUGGGACUGGUUUUUGCCCUCCUAUGGAAUGUUAUAGCAGUGACUACAGCAUGGAUUAAACAUGAAGGUGCAACAAUCUGGUUUCUCGCUAUCAUCUACUUCAUAUCGGGGGUCCCUGGGGCCUAUGUGUUGUGGUACCGUCCGCUUUACCGCGCUUUUAGGACCGAAAGUGCCAUGAAGUUUACUUGGUUUUUCUUGUUUUACUUGCUUCAUAUUGGCUUCUGCAUCUUUGCUGCUGUGGCACCUCCUGUAGUUUUCCGAGGAAAAUCCCUCGCAGGGAUCCUGCCAGCUGUGGAUCUUAUAGGCGACCAUGUAUUGGUUGGGAUAUUCUACUUCAUUGGGUUCGGACUUUUCUGCUUGGAAUCAGUUCUCAGCAUCUGGGUCAUUCAGCAAGUUUAUAUGUACUUUCGAGGCAGUGGAAAAGCUGCGGAAAUGAAGCGUGAGGCCGCUCGGGGGGCCCUGAGGGCCGCAAUUUAA